UCCCUUCUCUGAAUCUCUGACCCAAUAGUCAAGUCACAAAAUCUGCAUGUGUACGUACUCUCUUUUCUUCUCUUUAAAUGCUCUCUCUUCACAAGAAUAAAGAGAGAGAGAGAGAGAGAGAGAGAAAGAAUCCUCCCUCCUCUGCCCCUUUUUCAGGUUUUCAGUUUCAAUAAACGAAAAGCAAAUUAUUCACCAUAUUAUAAAGACAGAAGAACGGACCAAAGAUUCAAAGUAAGAUAAAAUACACCUCUUCUUGUCCCCACCAUCAAUGUAUUUUUUUCCCUUUUUAUUAACAUCUUUGCCCUACCUUUAAACGAAGAAACACAACACAACAAAUUUCUUUUUAGCUGAUUUGGUGGUGAAAAAAUAUGGCUAUUCAAGCGCAGUUAUAUACAGAUAAUUUUGGUUUUCCUUUGGGGGUUUCGCAAGAUUUGAUGGAGAAUGGUUGUGGAUUUAAUCAGUUUUCUGUUAGUCCUCAGCAGCAACAACACCUUCAACAGCAGCCGUUUCUGCAAAUUCUGCCGCAGAAAAACAAUCAGAAUUUGAUGAACAUUGUUCCAAAACAGUACAACAACGUUACUGAAUCAAUGCCAUUUUCUCAGUGUAUAGCGUCCCAGUUUGAGAAACAGAGUAUUGAGAUUGAUCACUUCAUAAGUUUACAGAAUGAACGAUUGAGAUUGGUUUUAAACGAGCAAAGAAAGCAACAGCUGGCAUUGAUCUGGAGAAAAUACGAAGCAAAAGUGCAGUUUUUGCUAAAACAGAAAGACGAAGAAAUCGCUAGGGCCGCAAACAGGACAAAAGAGUUGGAAGAUUUUUUACAAAAGAUGGAAAUAGAGAACCAAACAUGGCAGAAAAUAGCUCAAGAUAACGAAGCUGUUGUCAUUUCACUAAACAACACAAUCGAACAAUUAAGAGAAAGUGGUGCUUAUUGUUUAACAUCAGCAAAUGGUGCAGCAGUAGAAGAUGCAGAAUCUUGCUGUGAUUUUGGUGAUGAUAAUGAAAAUGGGGAAGAAGAACAAACAAGAAAAAUGAAGUGCAAAAGGUGCAAUUCUCGUAAAAUGUGCAUGAUUUUCUUGCCGUGUAGACACCUUUCUACCUGCAAAGAUUGUGAUUCUUUUCUUAAUCAAUGUCCUGUUUGUGGAAUAGCGAAAAAAGCAAGCAUUGAGGCUUUGAUUUGACAAUAAUAGGUGAAAACUGGAAAAACAUCAUUAGUAAAUUCAUUAAUUUCUUUUGUGUUGUUUUUAACCCUUUUGUCAGGGGGAUUUCAUUUGAUCUUUUUUUGGUGUACUUUUUUGACGAAAUCCCUCGAUGAAAUGAACAAAGUGAUAUGAGUAGUUACUGCUGUAAUAGUGUACAGAAAAUGAGCAUCUUUUUUUUAUUUUUUUUUA